CAAUUCAUAUUUCGCUCUUAGACUGCGGUAAUGUCACGUUAAUGAAUUGCUUACAGAUGAUUAAGAAAUUAAUUUCAGCUGUCACACCGGAGAUAAGUUUUUCAUUGCAGCUUCAAGAACAUGAUAAGGCAAAAUUUAGAGAUCUCACGUGUUUGCCAAAAAGCAGUACUAGUUUAAAUGUCCAGAUUUCUUUAACGUAGUUUGGUGUGAUACUGCGUCUAGGCGACCGAAAACAUGAAGGAGGACUUAAAAGCUAGCAUUAAGCCACCACAAAGACCCCUUUUAGCAGUAUUACAUCAUCAUUCAAGAUGAUAACGCCUGCGUUUGACCUGAGCCAAGAGCCUGACUACCUGAUCCUCAGCAUCCGUGUGCCCUACACCAGAACGUCAGACUUUGACCUUUACAUUGAUGGAACAGAUUUAAAGUUUUUUGCAAAGCCCUACUUUCUGAGGCUAACUCUUCCUGGAAGAAUUAUAGAGGAUGGAAGGGAAAAGGCAAAGUUUGACAUAGAUAAAGGUCUUUUCACUCUUUGGGUCCCUAAGGAGACACCGGGAGAGCACUUCGAAGGUCUUCAGAUGCUAACAAGUCUCCUCGCCCCAAAGGGCUCCCGUUCAGCAAAACCACUGGUGGAAGAAGUGAGUACUGAGUGCAGCGAAAGGGUGGGAGAUAAUGAAGACGAAGAUGAAGAAGACUUUGAUUGGCAGGUUGAGCAGGAGAUUUACACAGAGAAGUCUGAGGAAGAGCUGAGUGCCCUGCAGAAAUACGGCUUUGGCAAUCAGAGGUGUGGAGUAUUUGCCCGACUGCAGAAAGAGCUCAGUGACGUGAUCGACAUCAAGAACCCAGAAGGAACAUCAGCAGCAGAGAGGAGGCAGGCACGACAGGAGGCAGAAGCAUCAGCCUUCUCUGCUGACCAUUACCUGGCUGAUUUGUUUGAGGAUGGUGAGAUAAAGGGGCUGCUGAAGUUUAGGCCAUGGUGGACAAAACUGAGCCCUUCUUCAGAGCAGGAGGGCGAAUCUGCUGUACCGUUCACUGAUGAUGAGAAAGAGCAGCUGAGGAAAUUCACCAACCGCUCCUACCUGCUGGACAAGGCAUCUCGUUACCAAGCGUGGCUAAGCCUUGUGGACAUCCUGCUGGCUUACACCUACGAAGUGCGCUCGACGGAGGGGGAAUACAAUGUGGAAACACCGUGGACUAUCAGAAAACUCAGUGGGACUCUGUGCUGGCUGGAGACGUACAGCUCCCUGCAAGAGGUCCUGGUGUCAUUUGGACGGAGGGUUUUGUGCUAUCCGCUCUACAGACACUUUUCUUUGGUCUCUCUUGCUAUUCAUGACACGGCUAAAAUUCUGCAUUCAGGGAAAGCCUGCGUCCUCAAAUGCCUGCUGGAUAUUCAUAAAGUCUUCAGAGAGAACGAGCCAGCAUACAUAUUGAACGAUCUGUACAUCACAGACUACUGCAUCUGGAUCCAGAGAGUCAAGUCCAAGAAGGUGGCAGACUUAGCAGCAACGUUGGAAAAAGCAACCCUGCAAAAAAACGACUUGGAGCUGGAAAUCGACGAGUUAGAGGACGCGGCGAGGAUCGUGGCGGUCGAAGAGGAGCAGCAAGCUUCCAAGAGGGCUCCCGUAUCCAGCGACGACAGCAGCAGCUCUUCUGACAGCAGCAGCACUUCCAGUGACAGCAGCAGCGAGUCGUCUAGUGAGAGCGAGGAAUCUGAGGCUGAAGAAGACUGCACCGAAUCCAAGGAGGGAGGAGGAGGAGGAGAGAUGUUCAAGGACAACCCUCCAGAACCCCAACCCUCCUCCUCCGUUUCUCCCACCCCCCAGGCACCCACGAGCUUUUCAGCAGAAAAAAGGAGAGAGGAUGCCCUUCACUCAGCCUCAGAAGGCUCCAGACAGCUGAUUCAGGUGCUGGGGGAACGAGUGGCAGAGGAGCUGAGAAUCUCUCCAGACUCCAGCCACAAAGGAGCGAGACAGCCGAGCAGCGCUGCGACAGAGACUGAAGGCACGUCUGGGAGGAGCAGCGGCGGGACUUUGUUAGAGCCGAGUCCUCGUAGAAACCCUCUGCUUAUUGUCCAAACACAGGAAGAUCCCGAUGAUCUUGAAGGGGACUCUAUCAGCUGAUGGAAAGGAAUUUAAAAUGAAAUCCUGGAACUUUCAAAGUCCUUGUCAGACGAUGCCAGGAAGUGUUUGGAAUUACUGCGUGUUGUUUUUGUCGUAUAAUUUAGGGUCUUAACCCUCUUAAAGGAAUAUUUUUGUACAGUAUUUGUUUUUUGUUAAUGAUAAAACUGCAAAAUCUCAAUUCUUCUUUAAAGCUGCAAACGUGCAAAAUAAUCUUGUUUUAUUAGGAUAAUUGCAGGCAGCCGAACCUACUUUUUUUUUUUUUUUUUUUUUUUUUUGUUUUUGGCCUGUUAUCUCUCUACUAUCCAAGCGGCAUACUUGCUAUACAAAUACAUUCGUGCUCUCUGAGUGUGUGAUUUUAUAUGAAUAAUUUCUGCUUCUUUUUAAUUAUUCAUGUAAUUUAACAGCGUCUGUGAGCUCAAUUCGGUGCGCUGACAUCUGCUAACAGUGGUCUCUAUUAACCAUGUGUAUUUACAUAUUUACACAGUCAAUCUGCAUAUUCCUGUCGGGCUUGAAUAAACAAAACAAAUGCCACUGCAGGAAACUGACAAA